GUUUAUUUGUCAAUUAUGAAGCUGCUUACACAUAACAUGUUGACAUCUAACAUCAUCAGGGUGUCGAAAGGUUACCCCCUCAAGAUUUUGGCUGACAAAGUAGAGGUGAAAGACGUGGACUUCAACCCAGAAUUUGUGUCUCGAAUGAUUCCCAAGCUGGACUGGCCCGCCUUAUAUUCUGCAGCAUCUGAGGUUGGUCAUGGCGAAAACCUCCCGGCUGACGUAGGUGGAAGUUACGAAACUGACCAGGAGUUCCUGAAACAAGCACACCAUGUCCUGAUGCAGGUUGAGGUGAUCGAGGGCAAUCUGGUGUGCCCCGAAUCCGGGAGGAAGUUUCCCAUCAGCAAUGGUAUCCCCAACAUGCUGCUGAACGAAGACGAGGUGUGAGAUCAGACUUUCGCGUAGUGAGAUAGUACCAUCAUCGCAAAUCCAUCAUCAUGAUCAUCAUUCAUGAAGCCAGCACCCAUGAUGUAUAGAUGGACAAAACUUCUAAUGAGUGACAGUGUCACUUUGAGUUCAGGUCCUCCAUUCUUGUGAAAGGUGACAAUUUGAACAAGAUGGGAAUUGCGUUCUGUGUUUGUAACAGGUUUUGUGAGAUAAGCCAGCAGAAGCUGAGUUUGUGAAAAUAUGCAUCAACAUGUUCAGUUGAUAACGUGGGAGACUUCAUUGCCAA